AAGUCACACUUUUGAAGCUACAUUAGCAGUCGCAGUCACUCAAAAUCACAUGUUUAUUUUUCAAACUAACCAGCUUUACUCAACCACAACCGUCUUCCUAAUUUAUCGUGUUUACAUUUAAUUAAAUUAAUAAAUAUGGCAGUUUUAUUCGAAGAUAUUUUCGAAAUCAAAGACAUUGACCCUGAAGGAAAAAAGUUCAACAGAGUCAGUCGUAUCCAUUGUGAUAGUGAAUCUUUCAAGAUGGAACUGAUUUUGGAUGUCAAUUCCCAAAUUUACCCUGUUGAAUUAGGUGACAAAUUUCGACUAAUGAUUACAAUUACCUUGCGAGAAGAUGGCUUUCCUACCGAUAAUGAAUGGUCCUCUGAAGAAACUAAAUCAGUCUUGGCGGAUUCAUUUGAAUACGUAAUGUUUGGUAAAGUCUACAGAAUUGAGGGAGAUGAAGGUCCUGGUGAUGCAUCUAGAUUAGCUACCUAUGUUUCUUUUGGAGGAUUACUAAUGAGAUUACAAGGCGACCCAAACAAUUUACAUGGUUUUCAAAUGGAUCAGAAUGUAUAUUUAUUGAUGAAAAGACUCGCUUUCUAAAUUCAUUUGUUAAAAUUCGAAUCGAAUGACCAACACUUUCACUCGUUUUCGUAUCCAUCUACAACUCAUCUUGUUAAAAUCAAAGCGCUCACCUUUCACUAAAACCAACAUUAAACCAAUAAAGAAUCAAGUAAAACAGGUUACAUAGCUGUAAUCUCAUUACUUCGGUUCAAAAUAA